ACCCGCCCCGCGGGCGCGCCUCUCCGCAGUCCAGAGCCGCCCGGCCCGGGACCCGCUCGCUGCGAGCGCGCAGACUUCGCCGCCGGCCUGAGGACGCCGCCCGCUCCGGGCGCCCCUGCUGCUCGCCUCCCGCGCCCGCUCGGCCUGCGGCCCCCGGCCCGGCAUCCCGCCCGCAUCCGAGCGCACGGCUCCCGCUGCCGGGAGCUUGCCGGCCGUCGGUGGACCCCGCGGCCCCGCCGCCUGCGGGCUCGGCGCCCUGCUCGCGGGGCACGGAGAGGGCGGUGGCCGGCUGGGGAUGGGCGGCACGGCGGCGCGGAGGGGCGCCGGGGGGCUCCGCGCGUUGCUCCUGGCUCUGGUGGCCGCGGGGACUCCCGCGGGCGCCUACAACCUGGACUCGCAGCGCCCCGUGCGCUUCCAGGGUCCCGCCGGGUCCUUCUUCGGCUACGCGGUGCUGGAGCAUUUCCACGACAACACGCGCUGGGUCCUUGUGGGUGCACCGAAGGCAGAUUCCAAGUACAGCACUUCAGUGAAGUCCCCUGGGGCUGUGUUCAAGUGCCGCAUCCACACCAACCCUGACCGGAGAUGCACCGAACUGGACAUGGCUCGAGGGAAGAGUCGGGGCAUGUCCUGUGGAAAGACCUGCCGGGAAGACCGGGAUGAUGAGUGGAUGGGGGUGAGCCUGGCCCGGCAGCCCAAGGCUGAUGGCCGAGUGCUGGCCUGCGCCCACCGCUGGAAGAACAUCUACUACGAGACAGACCAUAUCCUGCCCCACGGCUUCUGUUACAUCAUCCCAUCCAACCUCCAAGCCAAAGGCAGGACGCUGAUCCCGUGCUAUGAAGAGUAUAAGAAGAAAUACGGAGCAGAACACGGCUCCUGCCAGGCUGGGAUAGCAGGCUUCUUCACAGAGGAGCUGGUGGUGAUGGGCGCCCCAGGCUCAUUUUAUUGGGCUGGGACGGUCAAAGUGCUGAACCUCACGGACAACACCUACUUCAAACUGAAUGAUGACACGAUCAUGAACAGGCGGUACACUUACCUGGGCUAUGCAGUUACCGCCGGCCACUUCUCUCAUAUGUCCACCACCGAUGUGGUGGGAGGUGCCCCACAGGAUGAAGGCAUCGGAAAGGUUUAUAUUUUUAGAGCUGACCGAAGAUCAGGCACCUUAAUUAAGAUUUUCCAGGCAUCAGGUAAAAAGAUGGGCUCUUACUUCGGCUCCUCCUUAUGUGCAGUUGACCUGAACGCAGACGGCCUCUCUGACCUGCUGGUGGGGGCCCCCAUGUUUUCUGAGAUCAGGGACGAGGGGCAGGUCACCGUCUACAUCAACAGAGGAAACGGGGCCCUGGAGGAGCAGCUGGCCCUGAAUGGGGAUGGCGCCUACAACGCACAUUUUGGGGAGAGCAUCGCCAGCCUGGGUGACCUUGACGAUGACGGGUUCCCAGAUGUGGCCAUUGGCGCACCCAAGGAAGACGACUUCUCGGGGGCAGUCUACAUCUAUCACGGUGACGCCGGUGGGAUAGUCCCUCAGUACUCAAUGAGGCUGUCAGGGCAGAAGAUAAGUCCAGUUCUACGGAUGUUUGGGCAGUCCAUAUCAGGAGGCAUUGACAUGGAUGGAAACGGUUAUCCUGAUGUGACUAUCGGAGCCUUCAUGUCCGACAGUGUUGUUCUUCUGAGGGCGAGACCCGUCAUUACGGUGGACGUCUCCAUCUUCCUCCCAGCCUCCAUCAACAUCACGGCGCCUCAGUGUCACGACGGACAGCAGCCUGUGAACUGCCUGAAUGUCACCGUCUGCUUCAGCUUCCGUGGCAGGCACGUCCCCGGAGAAAUUGGCCUGAAUUACGUUCUGACGGCUGAUGUGGCCAAAAAGGAAAAGAGCCAGUUGCCCAGGGUCUACUUUGUGUUGCUGGGAGAGUCCGUGGGUCAGGUCUCUGAGAAGCUGCAGCUGGCCCACAUGGAGGAGACGUGUCAUCACUACGUGGCCCACGUGAAGCGGAGAGUGCAGGACGUCAUCAGUCCCAUCGUGUUUGAAGCCGCCUACAGCCUGGGUGAGCAUGUGAGUGGCGAGGAGGGGCGAGAGCUGCCGGCUCUGACACCAGUGCUCCGCUGGAAAAAGGGACAAAAGAUUGCCCAAAAGAAUCAGACGGUUUUUGAAAGGAAUUGCCGUUCCGAGGACUGCGCUGCUGACCUGCAGCUUCAUGGUCAGCUGUUGCUGUCUGGCAUUGAUGAGAAAACCCCAUAUCUAGCUUUGGGAGCUGUGAAGAAUAUCUCCCUAAAUAUCUCCAUCUCCAACCUUGGGGAUGAUGCCUAUGAUGCCAACGUGUCCUUCAAUGUGUCCCGGGAGCUGUUCUUCAUCAAUAUGUGGCAGAAGGAGGAAAUGGGCAUUUCCUGUGAACUGCUGGAAUCGGACUUCCUCAAAUGCAGUGUGGGAUUUCCUUUCAUGAGGUCAAAGUCGAAGUAUGAAUUCAGUGUGAUCUUUGAUACAAGCCACCUGUCAGGGGAAGAGGAAGUUCUUAGUUUCAUCGUUACUGCUCAGAGCGGCAACGUGGAGCGCGCUGAAUCGCUGCAUGACAAUACCCUCACACUGCUGGUGGCGCUGAAGCACGAAGUGGAUACGUCCAUCACUGGAAUCAUGUCUCCAACCUCCUUCGUGUACGGCGAGUCUGUGGACGCAUCCAACUUCAUUCAGCUGGAAGACCUGGAGUGUCAUUUCCAGCCCCUCAACGUCACCUUUCAGGUCUAUAACACCGGACCAAGCACCCUUCCUGGGUCAUCUGUCAUCAUCUCUUUCCCCAAUCGGCUGUCCUCUGGAGGUGCAGAGAUGUUUCACAUCCAGGAGAUGGUGGUGGGCCAAGAGAAGGGAAACUGUUCUUUCCAGAGAAACCCAACCCCCUGCAUCAUCCCUCAAGAACAAGAAAAUAUCUUCCAUACUAUAUUUGCUUUUUUCACAAAGUCUGGAAGAAAAGUCUUGGACUGUGAAAAACCAGGAAUUUCUUGCCUAACAAUGCAUUGUAACCUGAGUGCACUAGCUAAAGAAGAGAGUCGUACUAUAGACAUUUACAUGCUGCUGAACACGGAAAUACUGAAGAAGGACAGUUCAUCUGUCAUUCAGUUCAUGACCCGCGCCAAAGUGAAGGUGGACCCUGCCCUCAGAGUGGUGGAGAUCGCCAAUGGGAACCCAGAAGAGAUGUCGGUGGUCUUCGAGGCCUUGCACAACCUGGAGCCCCGUGGCUACGUCGUGGGGUGGAUCAUUGCCAUAAGCUUGCUGGUGGGAAUCCUCAUCUUCCUGUUGCUGGCUGUGCUGCUCUGGAAGAUGGGCUUCUUUCGCCGAAGGUACAAAGAAAUUAUUGAAGCUGAGAAGAACCGGAAAGAGAACGAAGAUGGUUGGGACUGGGUCCAGAAAAACCAGUGACCUGCCACACCAGUCACAUGACCCAAUCACUUCACCUGUCGUCCUUGAUCUUUGUAUCUUCCAUAUUUGGAAGAAAGAAUCUUCUCCAGAUUUUUCGGAGGCCCCACUGAUGCUGUUCUCAUCCUCACUCUAUCAAGCCCAGGUGCCAACCUGAGGCAGCCACUUUGGCCAGGUCACAUGACUGGAGCCACCACCACUUCCUUUUAAGGAUGAACUCUGAACUUUGGAAAGCAAGCUACAGAGCCGAGCAAUAUUUAUGGAUGCAACAUGCGUGGUCAACCCUCAGGGGAAAACUGUUACCUAAAAGUAUUUUUAUAAAUAUAAGCCUUUUAUACUGAUUAUGUCUUUAUAUUUGUAUCAAUGUUUUAUUAUUUCUAUUAAAUAGUUAUAUAAUUCACUCAAGCACUGAUAUCUGGCCUGAAAUCUUGGAAACACAUCUACAUUCAUGCAAAUUUUAAAGGAUAAAAAUCUUAUAGUUCUUUGGAACUUGCUGUUAACAUAGACUUGCAGAAAAAAUAAUCUGAAGAAACCUCAUGUAAUGAAUCCACCCAACUGGCAGUGCUGCAUAUAAACUGUGGUUGUGGCAGGACCCCGAAGACAUUUCACAUCUUUAUUGCCUGGAGUCAAGUUUGAAGUAAUGUGCUACAGAACUAUGCGUUUUUUCAUAUGUACCUUUCAUUGGAAGAUUCCCAACAGGAAUUUGGAUGGAAAAAUCUGAUUCCUAGCAGCAAGUCUGCUCUGUGUCACCUCUACACAGCAGACGUCUCAACCCCCUUCCCCCUGGAUUAAUACAAGAGAGCUUGGAGCAACGCCAGUCAGUCAUCUGGUAAACCUCAGAAUGGCAUCUCAUCCUGGACAUCAUGCAUCAGAGUCCACAUACUACCAGGACUAAAUCGGUGCCCACCAAGCAAAGACUUGUGUCUGAAUGCUGUGUUGUGUUGCCUUUUAAUGGUCAUUUGAGUUCAGAGGUCUCCAUUUCCCCAUCACUCUUGCUGUUCCAGUGAAUGGUAAUUGCAGAUUCCUUCCCAGAGAUGACCAUUCAACCUGUUCUUAGUUUUUCAAAUAGCAUCUUCAGUGGGUUCCCCCAAAAAAGCAGACCCCAAGACGAGGAUCUGCCUACAAAUAACUUAGUAAGGAAAUGUUCCCAGGGGACACCAGUAAGGAAGUAAGGGAGGCAGGGCAGGGAAGGAAGAAGCCAGGUGAGGGUGCCGUUUCAAGGAUGGUCCCCAUGGAGGUGGCAUCGGCCUGAUCCUGCAGGGGAGCUCUGGAGGGUAAGUUAGUCUCAGAGUUCUCCAACCUGAGGCAAGGGAGCUGAGUUUUCAUGUCCUUGCAUCCAGAGGAGAUGUAAACUUUCUGCUUUCAGUUCCUACUGGUAAAAUGGCUCCAGUAGCUCAGGGAUAGCCCUCUAAAAGAGAGCUACAGGUCGACCCCCAACCUGGGGAGGCAUACAGAAAUGAUGCAGAGGGAUCAGGGCACAGCCCUAACAUCCUCCCCUAACCCCUGUAUGUGCGAAUGAUGAAUCAUGGCCUUCAGUAUCCAAGCUUUCUGUUUGACAGUGUUUAGUAUCAGAUGCGCUGUGCUGCUCAGUUUUGAGUGCGUUGUGAUUUUCUAAAAGGACAGUGAGAUGAUGGCUGUAGCAUGCUCAGCACUGCACCUCGCCCAUAGUGAACGAACACUCAGUAACUGUUAGCAGCUAUGGCUGCUGUCACCACUGCUGGAUCACCAUCUAAUAUAAAAACACACGGCUCACAGCAGGGUCUGACAGAGUCCUUCAUAGCUGAUCAGAGCCUGCUCAAGCCCCAGGUACAUACAGAUGGCAUCAAAUGGGAAUGAAACAAGAAACAAGAUGAAGGAUCUUUGUUAUAGGACCCUGUUUACUGGAAGCUAACAUGUUGGGGGACUGUGAACAUUGUUAAAAAGACAGAGGACUCAACCUCAAGGGAGACAGGUUUUCUAUACAAUUGGCGAAUAGUUGCAAAUGUAUAUGAGGAUGCUGGGCAGUUGCGAACCUGGCGUGGAACGUGUGUGUCUUUCCAUGUCUUGUUGUGCAGUUGACUCUGAUGCAGGAAGAAAAUGAAUCAUGUGUCCCUUCCUGGUGAAUAUGGGAACAGACAACAAAAGCCAGAGGGCCAAUGGCAGGAACAUGACUGAUCUUAGAAUGAAGUUAGGGAUGUUGCAGGUAACAGGGAUGGAGGCACAGAGGUAACUACAAGGCAGAUGCAGGCAGAGAAACCAGGUCUCGCUCGGAGUUCACCUGUGACUUUUAUCAAAAGCAAUAAAAGCAGCCUUGAGUGGGUUUUAGUCAGUCAUGUAAAGGAUAUUUAUGGGGCCCCUGCUGGGUGUCAGGCACUGUACUAACUGCUAGAGGCUCCCCAGAGAAGACCACAGGCAAACCUUCCUGUCGUGGAGUGUAGAGCAUGGAUUCCUUUCUGAAACCCCAUGUGCAACUUUCCUUUGAUGGGCUCUUGUUCAUCGUGUCAUGUUGUCCUUUAAUAAACCUUCUAGAAUGCUUAGGUGGUAGGCCUCGGACAGCUCCAUCAGCCAUUUGGCCAAAUGCAUUUAUAGCCACUAGCCUCCUACAAGAGGUGCAAAUGCAUUGGUGACAGUGUGGAAGGGUGACCCACAGGCCCCCAGUUCUGCCAGCCGAAAGGGAAAGGCUCCUUUCAACACAGGCAGGCUCUUGUGGGCAGUGUCAGAGGCUGGAUCCGUUUGCUUCUGCAAUGUCAGACUCACGUGAGUAGUCACAUAACCCAGGAGUUCACUAAGAUUUCAUAAGGCAGUUUUGAAGAAAAUCAUACGUGAUGUCAGCAGGAGCAAAUACUGGCAGACACUCCAGGAACUGGUUUGGGAAGGAUGGUGCCUCUGCUUGUCUGAUCAUGCUGAGUAGCAAGCAGGUGGGGCUGCAGGGACCAGGCUGUUAACCGUUUAGCACAGUGGUAGAGAAAGAAGUCCAGCACACUGUUUGCGCUCUCCCAGUUUGGGCAUUUCACCCCACCCCAGUUCAGAAGGCCUCAGUAGGCUCCCGGCGGGGGAGCACACAGGGUGAGUUGUGUCUGUGUUUCUUCUCCAGAAUUUUCUUUUACAAUUCCACAGUGCAUUCCAGUUUCUACCCUGCCCGUUUCUAUGGGUUCACUGUGGAAUCCUAUAGGAUACUCUCUUGCACAGCAUUAUUUCAGCCUGCUUCAGCUUUUCCGUUGUAUAUUCACUAUGGUUUUAACCAGCUGUCAGAUGGAUUGAGAUACUUUUUAAAUAUGAAAAAGGACCUUUGUAGAAAUUAAGUAAAAGCAUGCCCCCUGUUUUCAAAAAUGAUUCACUUAUGCUCAGUUUACCUGGGACUCACCAAUAUGAAACAUCCACAAAGUGAGCCCUGGACCUGUCACAAAGAAGAGACCAUGAAGUGUAGGAACAUGGAGGCACUAGCAGAAGCGAGUGGGCCCAUUGGCUUCAGGGUGACUGACAGGCACCCAUCUGGAACCACUUACCACUGAGGUUACUGAGGCUUUCCCAGUCAGUUCAGAACAAUGCCGUCUGCAUCACCAGGAGUAUCCUGAAGUUUGGUAAGUGUUGUAGAAAAUCCAGUAGAAAGUCCUUCUUCGCCAAGUCAUGUGUAGCCUACUGUCCUUGAGCCAAAGGCAAGGAGGUUAAGAACAAACAAAACCAGCAGGUCUCCUGGGAACGUUUGGGGCCUGUUUUCAAUACGAAGCAUAGUGGAUCCCUCAAGUGAUAUGCGUGCUAUAUGCUCCCUGUUCAACCCCAGCAGAGUAAUUUUUUUAAAAGGUUACUCCUUUUAGUUUUGGAUAAGGCAUUAUGCCCAGGUGAAUGCAGUUACGCAUAGGUUAUACAUGAAACACAUGCACCUGAUUCAAGCUUCCCAAAAUUUACAGGCACUGGGAAGGAUUAUAAUUGUAGGAGAAAUGGCCCUUUAGCACACAAAAGGCAGAAAUGUGUCAUUUUGGAAAGGUUCCACUAUACAAGGUUUUAGCUGAUGUUUUCUUCUGCUGUACAGAGCAAUACUAUACACAGUGGAGAAUAUUUUUUGCAACUGUGGCUGAAGGGAGAAUACAGACCCAGUAGGGCCAAAGCGAACCUUCUAGAAUGUCUUCUAAUUGUCAGCACAUUGCGGGGAGAAUGAACAAAGUUCCCACAUGGUGCAAUGCUUUAUAGCGCCAUGAUCUAGACUUCAGACUUUAUUAAGAUUUUCUGUUUGUUUGUUUUUAAAUUCUGAUGUGCACGGUGUGACUGGCAGAGUGAGUUUCAAAGCUUUGAGAGUGAUUAAUUGCAUGGCAGGCACCCACUGCUAACUUCACUUCCAGAACUUGACUGAUGCAUCCAUGUACAUUUCCAUUGAGGAGUUUUGGUGGGAGGGGUGUUCCUCCUCAUGAAGUCACGUGUAUUAAAAAAAAAAAAGUCUAUGCAGUCACUUCUAAUUCACUUGCACUGUUUGGGGAAUGCAGGUUUACAAAAAUACAUGUUUGGAAUAAAAAAAAUGGCUGCAAAUGA